GAAUAUUAGUCAGACAGACAAAAAAGAUUUGCUCUUCUCCUAAUCAUGAGUUUCUCUGUGAACUGCCUCUCAUGUCUCCUUUCAUGUCUCUUUGAUCCAGUGAUUUGCAUAUAGAAAGCAAAAGUUGAAGAGAGGAGCAGAUCAAUAGAGUAUCAAUGGGGGAGGAGGAGGAGAAGGGCAAGAUGAUCAAAGAACCACUCUUGAGUUCUCCAAAGGGUGGUCUCAGAACCAUGCCUUUCAUCAUUGCGAACGAGGCAUUUGAGAGGGUGGCGAGCUAUGGUCUAAUGCCUAAUAUGAUCCUUUACCUCACCCGUCAUUUCGGCCUUGGGGCCUCCACCGCCACCAACGUCCUCUUCUUCUGGUCGGGUGCAACCAACUUCAUGCCAAUCGUAGGCGCCUUCCUGGCCGACUCAUAUGUGGGUCGGUUCCCCAUGAUCGGGUCCGGUUGCAUCUGCAGCCUUUUGGGCAUGAUUCUUCUUUGGCUAACUACUGUGUUCCCACCGGCAAGCACUCCAAGUUGCCUUCAAUCAGGCGAUGACGAUUGCAAAACGCCACCCACAUCGACCCACCUGGCAGUACUAUACACCUCAUUCGCACUGAUGUCCAUCGGCGCGGGAGGGAUAAGGUCGUCCUCGCUGGCCUUUGGGGCGGACCAGCUCAACCUGAGCCCAGGCUCUAAAGAUCCCAAUGGCAAUAUUGGUAGCGGCUUAGAACAGUUCAUCCGGUGGUACUACGCUUCAAUUGUGGGGGCAGCAAUCGUGGCAGUGACGUGUGUCGCUUACAUCCAAGAAAAUGCCGGGUGGAUUAUUGGGUUUGGAGUUCCCGUCGUGCUCAUGUUCUUGUCAGCAUUUUGCUUCUUCUUGGCCUCGCCAUUCUAUGUGAAGGUGAAGGUGGAAUGCAGCUUGCUCACUCGGUUUGCACAAGUUAUUGCCACCGCCUAUAGGAAUAGGAACAUUGAUACGUCAUACAUGGAAGCAAGUGGGACGUUUUAUUGCUCAAAGGAGAUGAAGAUUCAAGAGCCGAGCCCAAAGUUGAGGUUCCUCAACAAGGCUUGCUUCAUUCCAAAAGAGCCUCCCUACCAGCUUCUCGUAUCGGAAGAUAUGCAUGGUCCGGAUCCAUGGAGACUCUGCCCGAUGGACCAAGUGGAAGAGCUCAAGUCCCUAAUCACCAUACUUCCUAUUUGGUCCACGGGGAUCAUAAUGGGAGUCGUCUACUCGCAGAACUCCUUGACAGUCCUCCAGGCUGCUUCAAUGGACCGCCACCUAGGCCCCAGCUUCGAGAUCCCUGCUGGCUCAUUCACGUUCUUCACAGUACUCGCCAUCCUGCUGCUAGUUUCCCUGUAUCAAACAGUCAUUCUGCCACUUGCUUCUUGGAUCAUGGGCAGGCCAGUCCACCUAAGCCCGAAAAUCAGGAUGGGGAUCGGGCUCAUGCUAUCCGCUGUGGCCCUAUCGAUGCUAGCACUCACUGAGUGUGCUCGGAGAGAGCAGGCUGCUGCCAGUGGGCCGCCAAUGUCAGCCAUGUGGAUGAUCCCUUACUAUGUAAUUAUUGGGCUAGGCGAAGGAUUAAAUGCAAUCGCACAAAAUGAGUUCUAUUACUCGCGAUUGCCCAAGAGCAUGUCCAGUGUGGCCUCCAACCUUGUCGGGUUGGGCGGCUCGUUGGCAAGUGUUUUCUCAAGCUUCACCGUCAGUGCUGUUGAUUUUUGGACAAGCAGAGGAGGCAAGGAGAGUUGGGUUUCUAGCAAUAUCAACAAUGGGCAUUAUGACUACUAUUAUUGGGUCAUUGUGGCCUUGAGCUUGGCCAAUUUUGGAUACUUUCUGGCAUGUUGCAGGGCUUAUGAGCCUCACAAUGACGGGAAAGGUGAUGUUCUGGAAAAGGGUAAUCAUGAAGAUGUUCUAUGUUAGCCUUUCUUUCGUGUUCUGCUGCUGUCUAUAGGCUCUACAGCACAGGUUAUAUGUGGCAUAGUUUUUCUUUUAUAAAGAUAUGUGGCAUAGUUACAGUAUAAGAUGCACACAUAUUAGCAGCUCUGAGCUCGUGUGGAAAAGAGGUAAAUAUCGACUUGGAGGAUCACCUUUUUCCUGCUGAUGAUCAGACUACUGGAUGUCGAACAAAUUUCUACGCUUCAAGAACUAUGCUGGGGGACACCAGGUGAAGCCAGGGCGUGGAUGUCCGCCAUGAACAGUUGUUUCAACCUCCCACAGCCACUGGGAGCAGAUGUCUUCCUCCGGUUGCCAUGUCUUACGGGCACGUAGGAUAGGCUACCUUGGCAAAAUACAAGAUUGGCCCGUCAAUGGUAAUCAGGGCAACACAGUAGGAAAUCAUCCUUGUCACCAAUACCCAAACAAAGCCGUAUGACUAAACCUCCACAAUUCUUUGUCUGUGGGACUAUUGAUAUUCUCGACUUAAUAGGCUUACAAUAAUCACAGUUCAGGUAUCGGUUUAAUCCUAGUCACGAAAUGUUUCUAAUGA